AUGUUACCGUCCGCAGAUAAGAAGGCUCAUCAGAAUGAAACGGAACAUCAUGAAUCAUCGGAAUCGGAUACAUCAGCGGAAGCAGUAAAAUCAAGAGCUUCUCAGAGAAUUCUCAAUGUUAAUGUGGGAAUUUUAGGACAUGUGGAUUCAGGAAAGACAAGUCUCUGUAAGGCUCUCUCAACAAUGGCCUCUACAGCUGCAUUUGAUAAAAAUCCACAAUCACAAGAGAGAGGUAUUACUUUGGACUUGGGAUUUUCUGCUUUUUAUUCGGAUUCGAAAUUACAGGACUAUGACAAAAUUCAAUUUACUCUAGUGGAUUGUCCAGGACAUGCCAGUCUUAUCAGAACAAUAAUUGGUGGAGCUCAAAUUAUUGACUUUAUGGUUUUAGUAAUUGAUGCAAUCAAGGGAGUACAGACACAAACUGCAGAGUGUAUUGUGAUUGGAGAAAUUACAUGUGACAAUUUAAUAGUGGCAUUGAAUAAGGUUGACAUGAUUCCAAUGGAUCAACGAGAGGAAAAAAUUGAUAAGAUCAAGAAGAGUCUUAUUAAGAAUGUUUUCUCACAAACAAAGUUUAAAAAUCCUCCAAUAAUUCCAGUUUGUGCAGACCCUAGAGAAGAGAGCGAACAAAAAACCAAGCAAGAAUGUUUGAAUAAUCUGGUUCAAGAAUUUCACAAAUUUGUCAAGAUUACCGAGAAGAAUGAGAAUGAGCCAUUCUUAUUCAUGGUUGACCACUGUUUUUCUAUUAAGGGUAAAGGAACUAUUUUGACAGGAACAGUGUUACAGGGAUGUGUGACCAUUGGAAAGAAUAUUCAUAUUCCUUCGCUUGGUGAAGAAAAAAAGGUAAAAUCCAUUCAAAUGUUUAAAACACCUGUAGAUAAGGCCAUCAAAGGUGAUCGAAUUGGUAUUGCCGUAACCAAACUCGAUAGCAAGAAAUUAGAAAGAGGUUUUGUUUGCGACAAAGGAUAUAUCGAAAUUAUUGAUACAGUUUUGGCAACUGCGUCAAGAAUUAGAUUUUUCAAAAAAGAUAUCAAAGGUGGAGCUAAAUAUCAUGUUUCUAUUGGUCAUGAAACAGUGAUGGGAAACAUGACUCUCAUUUCUAGACCAAAGAAAGAGGGAGUGUCCAGUGAGGUUUUUGACACAACUCUUGAAUAUACAUUAGUGGAGGACUUUGAGGAAAACACUCACCUUGACCGAGAUGUUUUUGUGAAAAUAGAAUUUGAGCAACCUAUUUGUUGCUAUGCCAAUGCUCAUUACAUUGCUUCCAAAUUAGAUACAGAUAUUCAUGCCAACACUUGUCGAUUAUCAUUUAAUGGAAAGGUUUUACAAAUGUGGAAUAGAGAACAGAUCCCCAAAGCACAACUUGCCAAAAUGCUUCCUGUCUUCAAGUACAAGGAAAAGAGAGGAGUAGUGGAUCGUGUCGAAAAUGCCAAUACGAUUAUUGGAAAAAACAUACUGAACUCGAAAUCUCAAUCGUUACAACCAUUUUUAGGAAGGACAGUCGCCAUUUUGGUGGACGAACAGCCAAGAUUUUUCGGAACCAUUGAUUCGAGUUUUGGUCAGAGUGGUAAAUUUCGAGUGGUUUUCAAAGACCCUCUCCCAAAACAACCCAAUCUAAGAAAUAAGCCCAUUCAAUUCAAGUACAAGGUAAAUAUUUAUGAUGAGACCAAGACGUGGUAUCAAUAA